UCUCCAAUAAAGAUUAAAGAAUGGAAGAAGACAAGUUGAGAGGAAAAGCAGAGCCAAGCGGGUGGCCCGCGAAAGCGUGGAGCCUUCUCUCCGCAACCCGAAGCGAAUCGCCGCUUAUCCAAUGCAUCACCAACUUUGUGUCCAUGGAUCUGAUGGCCAACACGCUCCUCUCCGCCGGUGCAUCGCCCGCCAUGAUCCACAGCGCAGACGAGAUUCCUGAUUUCACACCUCACGCCCGCGCUCUCUGCAUCAACGUCGGCACUCUCUCUGCCGACUGGCUACCGGCCAUGAAGCUCGCUGCCCAGUUCGCGUGUCAGUCCGGUAAGCCUUGGGUUCUCGACCCCGUUGCUGCUGGGGCUUCCAGUUUCCGGUUAAAGGCGUGUUUGGAACUCGUGGAACUUAAGCCCACUGUUAUCCGAGGAAAUGCGUCCGAGGUUAUUGCUCUUUCCAAUGCCACUUUAGGAACCAGUAAGGGUGUAGACAGCUCCCACGAGUCUACUGAUGCUGUGGAAGCAGCAAAGUCAUUGGCUCAAGCAAGUGGUGCCAUAGUUGCAGUAUCUGGGGCUGUUGAUAUUGUUACAGAUGGGGAGAGAGUUGUUGGUGCUCACAAUGGGGUGCCCAUGAUGCAGAGAAUCACAGCAACAGGGUGUUCAGUCACUGCUCUUAUUGCUGCCUUUGUUGCUGUUGAUCCUUUGCAUGCUUUGGAAGCAACAGUUUCUGCAUUAUCCAUAUUUGGGGUUGCCGGUGAGAUGGGAAUGAACUUGGCCAAGGGUCCAGCUUCCUUGCGAAUGCACUUGAUAGAUUCUCUCUAUGGACUUGAUGAUGCUGUUGUACAUUCUCGCGUUAGCAUAACCAGCUUUUCAUAAUUCAUGGGAUCUGUAUCUAUGGUAUGUUGACUAUCACUAGACUUCUUAGAGAAAUAGUUUGAGCAUGAAAUGGCAGAUCAAUUGGUCGGCGUGUUGACUGCUACACAGUUUUGUUUGGAAGUAUAGUUGCUGAACUACAUUUUGUUUCAAGAAAACUGUAUGCAGUUUUUUUUUUUUUUUGGUGGGAUGUAAUAUACAGGUUUUGUUUCUCUCUUAACUAUUAUUUCCCACUUUUUGUUUCACAUGCAAGAGUGGAAAAGAAAUAAAUAUAAAAAACCAUAAAUUUUUAAUCA